AUGCCCAAAUCUAAUAGUAAGAAAACAAACUUAGCUAGUCCGUAUUUUGCCAAAGUUCCUUCGGUGUGUAUAUCGAAAUAUUUUCCGGCAUCAAAACGGUCGAACAAUGUGAGAAAUAGUCACAUGAACGAAGACAACGACCAUAAAGCGAGACGAAGAGAACGAGAGGACGGAUGCGUACGAAAUGGUCGUGACGUCGACCGAAGUAAAGUUCAGCGUAGAGUAAAAUUCAAGAAGGAUGACGAUAAACCUGCUGGAACGAUUGGAUGUGAUGAUGUGCAAUCGACACCCGGAUGCAUAGGCUCUUGUUCUCCUCUUCCUAUGCUAUGGAAGUUCUUCGACAAGUAUUUUUCGCCCGAAAGUGCUGUCGGUGCAAAUGUUAGAGAGUUGAGUAAAUUUCUGCGUCCGAUGGGAUUGAAUAAUAAGCGUGCAGAAAGAAUAAUCAAGUUCUCGCAAUCGUACCUUGCCAAUCCUUUGUUUACUUCUCCGCGAGAGCUUUUUGGAGUGGGAAAAUAUGCUGAUGAUAGCUGGAGGUUAUUUUGCGGAGAGACGGAUGAUGCGUGGAAGGAAGGUUCAGGAUUUAUGCCUGACGAUAAGAUGUUGCGUGCGUAUAUAUUCUGGAGAAGAGAAUAUGAGAAGAGAAGAAAUAAAGAACAAUAA